ACCACCCUCUCGCGCCACUGUUUUGCCGAUGAUGACCCCGAAGCACCAACCUUUUGCAUAUCCAUCAUUGAGAACAUGAAGGAGGACUAUGGCCUGUUCGUAUGGCCCUGCAGCGUAGUUCUCGCUGAGUAUGUUUGGCAACAAAAGCACCGAUUUCAAGGAGCUACUGUUAUUGAGCUUGGUGCUGGAACUUCCUUGCCUGGUUUGGUUGCAGCAAAAGUUGGGGCCAAUGUUACUCUUACUGAUGACUCCACCAGAUUAGAGGUGCUUGAAAACAUGAGAAGAGUGUGUGACUUGAAUAAAAUCGAGUGCAAUGUGCUAGGAUUGACAUGGGGUGUUUGGGAUUCAUCCAUAUUCAGUUUACAACCAACUAUUAUUCUAGGAGCUGAUGUCUUGUAUGAUUCAAACGCCUUUGAUGACCUCUUUGCCACUGUGACGUUUCUGCUGCAAAAUUCCCCUGGGUCAAGUUUUAUAACCUCGUACCACAAUCGAAGCGGGCAUCACCUUAUUGAGUUCUUGAUGAGGAAAUGGGGCCUAAAGUGUCUCGAGCUGCUUGAUGGAUUUUCUUUCCUUCCAUCCCACAAGGCAUCAUUGCUAAGUGGUAACAUUCAAUUGGCAGAGAUAGCUCUUAUCUCAAAAGAUAAUGCAUGAGUCCUUCCGAAUCUCCUGCCCGCCAUUGAUGCUGCUCAUUCUGAUCAUGGCGUUAACAAAAGCCUCAUAAAAAGCCUUUUUUGAGGCAGCAAACUUAAAGACCAGGUUCUUUCCCUCUUGGCUAUCAAGCAGAACUUGAUCAGAAGUAAACAGAGCUUUAUGUUGGAGGAUCAACUUGUAAUAUGUAUUAUCAAAACUUGUUGAAGAAGGAUCCAUAAUGGUGCCUGCAUUUUUGGCCUGGUUUUUCAAAGGACAAAUUGAUUUCAGUUGCACUGCAAAUGAUGGAUUUAUUGAAGGGUCCCAAUCAUGUGUAGCAUCAAAAUUAUGGACUCUCUUGCUGAAGGAUGAGCAGUGGGCGAAACCUAAAGUGUGUCCUCCUAUGCAUGGGUUGAAAGACAUGUUACUUUAAACUCUGUUAAUAUGUAAAUUGUAAUAAAUGGUAAUUGGUUUUUACUUUCUUAAUAGCUUACCUGACAGAGCUACUAGGUCUGCUGUUGACAAACCUCUUUGAGAGAAGCUUUGCUUCAAUUGUGAUAUGUUGAAAGUUGGUGCUGGUAAAUUUAUUGUUUCACUGGCCUUAGAUAUUCUACCAUCCUUUCUUCCUUUAGGAACAUCCCAUGUAGGUCCUCCAGAC